CUGUUUUAUGCACCCUACACCGGCAGCAAUUGGGAGUUUUAGGAAAAAUUCAAUUUUGUAUACAAGAUAUUAUUUUAAACUUUUAUGUUAAAUGAAAAAAAAAUCAAUAGCCCAUAAUGCCAUCUUAUAUAAUAAAGAAUUGAAAAUAUAUAUUUUGCUACUCCGGUGUACCUUAGUACCUUAAUUCUAGAGUGAAGCGCAUAGGCGAGUCGACCAGUUUGCAACAUGCUCUAAUACAGCAAAUGCUGGAAAAUCAGCCACGUAAAAACAUAAUUUGAACUGGCGCAUAUUCUUUGGCUUGCUCGAACGAAGAAAACUGGAUGAAAGUAAACAAAGGCCAUUAGAAUAUGCCACAGCGGCAAGCGACGCAGCAGUUGGAGUUAAUAUGUGCCGUGAAGCAGUUGGAAUAGAUCCGGACCUACAAAAUUGACCAUGGACGAAAAGCUCAAAUAUUCGCUGCUGCGGGGGGAGCUGGUGGACACGCAGAGCAUAUGGACCAGGCACGAGAAGCGCGUGUGGUUCAUUACACUGAUAACGGGGACCUGCAUGCUUUACUCCACCCGCACCACCAUGCCCCUCCUUGUGCCGGCCGUGGCAUCCGCCCAAAAGUGGAGCAAAACCGACUCGGGCACAGUGCUCAGCUCCUUCUUCUGGGGCUACACCCUGACGCAGGUGGUGGGUGGCUACUUCAGCGACCGCUUUGGAGGCCAGCGGGUCAUCCUGGCUGCCGCCAUCGGAUGGUCGCUCAUCACAUUCCUGAUGCCUACGAUCAUAUGGUCGGCGGGUUCCAUCAAGAGCUAUGCCAUUCCCUUUAUCGUAGCUAUUCGAAUCCUAAACGGAGCCCUCCAGGGCGUCCACUUCCCCAGCAUGAUCAGUCUGACCAGUCAGAAUCUCUGCCCCAAUGAGAGGAGCAGCUUCUUUGGCUUGCUCACAGCUGGCUCAGCUUUGGGCACUUUACUCACCGGAAUCAUGGGCUCGUUCCUGCUGGAUUACUUUGGCUGGUCGUACGUCUUUCGGGUGAUUGGACUGAUGGGCAUUGCCUGGGCGCUCGUCCUGCGGUACUAUGCAAUGGCCGGGGAGCGCAAUAGGAUCAUAAACAUUGCCACGCCGUCGCGUCUGUAUGCAAAUAAAAGUCCUGCGGAGACGACGGCUGUGCCCUGGCUACGCUACUUCAGCCGACUGUCCUUCUGGGCCUGUGUGCUGACACAUGCCUGCGAGAUGAACUGCUUUUUUGUGCUGCUGUCGUGGUUGCCCACAUACUUCCACGACGGAUUCCCGCACGCCAAGGGCUGGGUUGUCAACAUGAUACCGUGGCUGGCCCUUCCGCCAUGCACACUUUUCGCCAAGUACUUGACCACCAGGUUGCUCGCCCGCGAGUGGCAGACGACGACGGUGCGAAAGUUCAUCCAAAGCUGCUGCUUCGCCGCUCAGAAUGUGGCCCUGUUCGUAAUGAGCCGCACCUCGGACUUCCACACAGCCCUCAUCUGCAUGACCAUUAUCAUUGGCGGUACUGGCUUCCACAACAAUGCGGUGACAGUAAAUCCCCAAGAUCUGGCUCCCCUGCACUCGGGCAGCGUAUUUGGCCUAAUGAACACAGUGGGCGCGAUUCCUGGCUUCCUCGGUGUUUAUUUGGCUGGACACAUUCUGGAGCUCACACAGAGUUGGCCGAUGGUGUUCAGCGCGGCGGCUGGAAUCAAUCUUGUCGGCUGGAUUAUAUUCAUGGUCUUCGGUUCAGCGGAGGCCAUUGUUUAACAUUGCACACUUUCCUCAGUCGAAACUAACUUAUUUAUUUAUGUGUGUGUAUAUAGGAGUGGGUCGAUUUAAAUUGAUAUGACUUUAACAAUGCAGGACAAAAUUAGAUUAUUUUUGUUGCUAAGCAUUAAUUAUUUAGUCAUUUUAUUUCUUAUAUACGAUUGACGACCUAGAAAUGAUAAAGCCAAAAACUUGAAGACAAUGAUUUUUAGCCAAUAAAUCGAUUCACUCUAUAUAUUAAUGUAUAUAUUUAAAGCCGUAGUUUUAAGUAGCAAAAUCUUACUGCUCCUAGCGUGAUAAAAUAAAAAUGUUUAAUCCAUCAAGCAA